AUGCCUGAAUGGCUCUCGUCCAGACGCUGGUCUCUACGGACACGCAGUGAGAAAAGCUCUCGCACGCCCAUUGAGAAAAAGACUGGUGAUAUCACGACUGCUCCCGCACCAGCCAAAGUCCAGCCGGAAAUCCAGAUCCCCGACACACAAGCCGCAGUUCUUCUACACGCACCGAAACAGCCAUACCAACUAACCAGCGAUCAUCCCGUGCCAGAGCUUCUUCAUGAGCAUGAGAUUCUGGUGCGCACGCGGGCGAUUGGCCUGAACCCAAUUGAUUGGAAAUCACCAGACUUCAAUUUCGGUAUCCCAGUGCUACCGUUUCUCUCUGGCCGAGAGCUUGCCGGAGAUGUAGUACGUGCAAACUCAAAGGCCGGCUUCGACGUUGGUGAUCGUGUCGUCGCCAUCUCAACCGACUAUCGGGACCAGCGCAAAGGCGCCUACCAAGAAUACGUUGUCGCCCCCGACUAUAAUGUUGUCCAACUACCUUCCCACAUCUCAUACGAAGAGGGUUCAACGGUUGGUGUAGCGUUUGUCGCCGCCGCCCUCGGUCUUGGUGUAUCAAUGGGUGUGGAUUUCUCACAGGUCGCUGGCGGUCCAGACUUAUUCACGCUCCUCAGAGAUAUUGACGAGUCGAGAAUACCGUCAGACGUAAGAGCAGAGAGUCUGGCCGGUAUCCGCAACAAGGAACGCCCGAAGAAGGGUGACUGGCUUGCAGUUUGGGGAGGUUCUUCCACCUCAGCACAUCUAACGAUCCAAUUGGCAAAGCUCGCGGGACUCAGAGUCGUGGUAAUGGUUGAUAAAGCCAAGCACGGCCUGCGCAUUUCCAAUCACCAAUCUAUCCGACCUGACUUACUAGUAGACAGCCAUGACCCGGAGAGAGCCAUCAGCAUCAUCAAGGCCAACACCAAGGGCAACCUGCGGUUUGGUCUUGAUACACGAGGAAAGGAAACGGCAGAGUAUCUGCUGCGGGCCAUCUCACCAGAGUCGCCUCUGACCAAGCCGGGAGUGGACGAAGAUAACCUGCCAACGCCGCCGGGAACACCGAGCGUCGACGGCCACAGGUCUCAUCUUAUCGGAAUGAGUGGCCUUCCAAAGAUCGCACCUGGCCAGGAAGUCUUGCUCCACAACGUCCCAAUCAAGUUGUUCCAUGAUGUGCCCGAGGUUGGCUCGGCGUUAACAUCUUGGCUUGGCCGUCUCUUAGGCGAGGGCAUCAUUACCCUGCCUGACGUUCUGGAUGUAGAAAAGGGAUUCGAAAACAUCAAUUCGGGAUUAGACCGGAUGCGAAGGGGAGAGAUAAGCGGUGGAAAAUUGGUUGUAAAGGUAUAG